AUGAGGUUUCCUAUAGUUCGAUUUCAACCGACUCUUGGGAGAAGCGCACUGGUGCAGCAAAAGUUCAAAGAUUCAAUGGCUCGAAUGGGCGGACAGGCCAUGAUCCUGACCUCCGCAGGUAAAAAGGCUCUUCCACACGACCUUUUCCGCGGCGUAACGCUUUCUUCGGUGAGUUCGCUCUCACUGAAACCACAGCCGCUACUACAGUUCAACUUGCAGCUUCCGUCGUUUACCUCCGAGUCGCUACAUAUGCAUGAAUAUUUCGCUCUCCACCUGCUAAAACCGGAUGCAAACUCGAUUACUUUGGCGAGAGCCUUUAGCAAAGGGGCUAUGAAGAACCACGAGAACGGUGAGGUGGUGCCAACCCAGCCUUUCAAAGAGCUAACAGAAUCUGUGCAUUACAGAACAUACGGGUUGAGCAAUAGCGAUUUAGCUGUCCCCAUAUUAAUCAACUCAGAGCGCGUAUUUGUAUGUCGCAAGAAAGAAGUCUUUCGCGUAGGGGACCACGAAAUCUGGGUCGGAAUGGUCGACGAUAUCAUCGAGGGCGACGACGUGAAUCAGGACGUCAGCGGGGGAUUGCUUUAUUGCAACAGGAAAUUCCACAAGCUUGGUGGACGGAUUGAGUAA